AUGGUCAUAGUCGGUACAAUCAACGGAUGGACAACGAUUUCUCUUCUUUAUUUAAUAUCCGGGACCGGCGGCGUGCCGCUAACGUUAACACACGACGAAGCUUCAUGGAUGGUUUCUUUCACAGUACUUGGUUCAAUGAUCGGUUCACUUCUAGCUGCACAGUUGACCGUCCGCUGCAGUCGUAGAAAUUGUCUCCUUUUAUGCAGCACAAUGUUCACGGUAGGCUGGUGCAUCAUCUUCCUCGCAACUUCCGUGCGAAAACUAUUCCUUGCUCGAGUGAUUCUCGGUAUAGGCGUUGGUAUUGCCCAUACGGUAAAUCCCAAGUACGUGUCAGAAAUCGCCGACAUCAAAAUCAGAUGCAACCUAGGUUUUCUAACCACAGUGAACGCAUCUGCCGGGACACUAGUAACCUAUGUUCUAGGAGUCUGGAUGACGUACGAAUCGCUGCUGCUGCUUCUUGUAAUAAUAUCCUUUAUAUGCUUCUUGUCGGCCACGUGUUUCUCCGCAACUCGGUAUAUUUCGGUGACAACAGAUCAAGAGAUGCAAGCACGGAAGUCGAGACAAUUAUACAGUAUCACCGAAAAUCCUCUCGGUGAGGAAAUAGAACUACGUGCUCUACACGUACAAACCAGACACGAAUUACACUCACAACCCACAAGCGAAAUACAGCCACAAUCCACAAGCGAAGUAUACCCAUCAUCUACAAGCGAAACACAUCCAGAACCUACAAGCGAAAUACAGUCAGAAUCCACAAGCGAAAUACAUCCAGCAUCCACAAUCGAAAUACAGCCACCAUCCACAAGCGAAGUAUACCCAUCAUCCACAAGCGAAACACAUCCAGAACCUACAAGCGAAAUACAGUCAGAAUCCACAAGCGAAUUACACCAACCGUCCACAAGCGAAAUACAGCCACAAUCCACAAGCGAAGUACACACACAAUCCACAAGAGAAUUACAACAGCCAUCCACAAGCGAAAUACACCCAGAACACACAAAAGAAAUACACCCAGGACCCACAAGCGAAUUACACCAACCAUCCACAAGCGAAAUACAGCCACAAUCCACGCGCGAAAUACACACAGAACCCACAAGCGAAAUACACCCAGAACCCACAA